AUGGCCGCCAACGGCCAGCCGCCGGUGCCGGUGGUGGUCGCCAACGUCGACCACCGCCCGGCGCCCCUACUCGGCCUCUUCUUCAACUCACCGAUUCCACUUGUCCCUCACAAUGGCUUCCCCUGCAUCCCCGCCUUCGCCCCCGCCCACCGAAACAAUCCGGAGCUCGUGGCCGCCAUCUUGAGCGGCGACUUCUUCCUCACCACCCUCCAGGCGCGCGACCACCCAGAAGCUUCCUGGUUCGUCUUAGACGCCCGUGGCGGCUACCUUCUCCUCAAAGGGGGCGGGCUAUUGCUCGCGCUGCUAAACCCCUUGGCACGGCGGUGCGAACGGAUCUUUGAUCUGAGUCACGCCCACAUCUUCGACGACGACGACGACCGCCAAGGAGAUGGUAAAAUCCUUCACGCCGGCGUGAUCUGCGAUGACGAAAACCCCGCGAGCUUUGGCAUCUUCUGUCUUGCUUCCCAUGGAGAGUUCAGGUUGCGGGCUGCGGUCUUCUCCUCAUCCUUGGGAAUGGGCGAUUGGUUCCUCUCCCCAUGGUUGGAUGUCCCGCACCACGAGCCGGAAGAUGAACUUUUGCUUGAGAGCGGCAUGCGAGUGGGUAAUUUCAUCUACUGGCCUCACCAGGAUCGUGCGUAUGUGGAUCGUGCGUAUGUGGUCGUCUUGGAUCCCGACCCAAACAACCCGCGAUUGUUUGUUGAGAUGAUCCCACCUCUCCUGAAUCUGGAAGGUUUUCCCAGCUCGAUCCUUGGCCAAAUUAACGGCGAUAACAUGUGCAUUGCUUAUUCAAAUGGAUUCAACAUCGGUUUCAUGCUGCGUCAAGAAGAUGGCCUUGAUGCUGGGGCAUGGGCUAACAUCAGGGUAUUCAACCUGGCUGAUCCAGUUAAUGCUAAGAUUGCACAAUCACCCGAGAAUAGGCUGAAAAUUGCGGCAAUGCGGGGUAGCAUCCUGUACUUGACAACAACAGCGAUGUUCACGCCCCAGUCCGUUUCUUGGUUCGCUUGUCUGUGCUUGGAAAGUGGCAGGCUGGAGUGGUUGUUUCCGAGGACGUAUGAUGGUUUCUUCCAGCCAUACCACCAUUCGUAG